GCAAUAAUUGAGGUCACAUCCGGGCCAUGCUGCUCCAUACCAGAAGUGCCGAAUACCAGCGUCUGCAUGGAAUACAGUGUGAAGCAUACGAAUGAGGUUCAGAAUCUGCUGACACAGUGAAGAGCCGUCUGGGCAUCAAGUUGUUCAGCGAGAACAUUUAGCUGGACCUGGCGGCCUAAUGGUAAAGGACCUCAGUACUGAGAAAACCAGAGUUGGAAAAGUUGGAGAAGAUAUUACAAUUUUGUGCAGUUACGACAAAACCAGAUUUUCUCUGUAUGAUAAAUAUUGGUGCCUUGGUAAAUCGAAGAGUAACUGCAAAAUUCUAUGUGAAAGCAAAUGGUCUGAACGACACUGUCAUGACAGCAGAAUGAGCAUCCAGGACAACAGAGCUGGACAUCUUGUCAUUACCAUGAGAAAUCUCGUAUUAGAAGACAGAGGAACUUAUUGGUGUGGAAUUAGGAAACAAUGGAAUCCUAUGAUAUUAAUGAAUCUCCAAAUCACCGAUGUUCCAAAAGUGUAUAGAAUGCCGCAGAAUAUAAAGCACACCAUGAAGGAAGGGGAAGACUUAACUAUGAAUUGUUUAUAUGAUAAGAGUUCCCUGGUGUCCUACAGAAAGUUUUUAUGCCAUCAAGUAUCAAGUACACAAUGCAAUAUGCUGGCAGACACAAAAGGUUACCUAUCGGAUAAAUACAAUAAAAGGAUACAGAUAAUUGAUGACCAUUUGGGGACAAUAUCAUUUAUAAUAAAGACUAUUGUAUUUGAAGACUCUGGAAUAUACUCAUGUGGUAUUGAGGUGGAAAAACUACACACACUAGCUUCUUUUGAGAUCACCGUUGAACUUGAUCAGAAGCAGAAUAAUUAUUUUUAUACUACAUUUUCAUUUACCACAGCCAUUGCUACUACCACUCACUUUGCAGUUUUGACAGAAAAUUCUACUCAAUGGGCGAGUGAAGUUCUCUCAAGUUUUUUUUACAAUGAAUGGAGUUAUUGGCGAUGGAUUUGUUUUCUGUUGAUGAUUUCUGCCCUUAUACCAAUGUGUCUUUGUAAAAAAAGAAUCAUGUUCCUCCCAAUCAUGGAAAGAUAGCUGAUGGCCCAAAUGGACUAAAUCGGGAUUCAUCAGUUUGUUGAAUGACAUGUUUUGCCAUAUGUGCCAGAAAAUCUCCAUGAGGAUAAGUCAAAUGGAUCCACAGGCCCUUGUUUACUGAACAGAGGCCAUACAUUUCCUUCUGGCCCUAUUCCUCCUCUAUACAUUGUGGUUUCCCAUUUUUUUGUGGCAUAUGUUUUUUAACAAUGAAGCCUAUGGGUGACAGAUGCCAUAAAGUGCCAACAGUUUAACAUAUAUAUCUAAGAUUUAGGGAUGCACGCUGUAGAUAAGUGUGAAUGGAACCUUAUCUAGUGUUUACAAUUUUUUUCAUAUUCAACUUUUCCAUUUAUUAAUAUUUAAAAAACACACAUAUAGCCUGAUAUUUAGAAUAUUUAGAAUUUAAACUUUAUUUUGUAUUUAAGUUAUAGAUGUAUGUUAUACAUUUAUUCACAAGAACCUCUUUAGUGAGAACACUUUAGUGAGUCAAAGAUAAAUUAAAUGUUAGCA